CAUUUUUCUACUCUCUCUUCCUCUCUCUCCUCUACUUUCCUGGCAUGAAAGAAGGGAGAAAAGAAGACUCACAUAAACAAACAACGCACUCCAAGAAGCUCACAUCCGUGCAGCGACCAAUCAAUAAUAAAAAACGCUGCCAUGCCUCUCUUCUCUUCCUAUCACCAUUCUCGGCCCUGCACACAGACGUACAUACCUAUGUAUGUACCCAAACACUUGCAUCCCACUUUUCUUAUCGAUCAAUCGGAAUCCGAAAUGGAUUGAAACAUACCGUUUCCCCUCUUCCCGCGAACUUGUUUAUUCGUGAUCUGUGUCGUUGCUGCUGUUUUGUUUUCUUGACACAUUUUACCCCCCUUUUUGUGCAAUGUCCGGCGUUUCUCGUGUAUGCAUAUGGACUCGAUGUGGGGGAGGUGGUGGGAAACCUUGGAACGUGA